AUGGCUUAUCCUAUAGGUUUAGCAUUUAUCGGUAUGAAAACCAUUUCCGGUAGUGUAACAGGUGGAACAAAGGAUAUCCAAGAAAUGAUAGAUUUCUGUGCUUCAAAUGGAAUUCAUCCAAUGAUUGAAAUAAUUCCAAUUCAAUCUGCAAAUGAAGCUAUUGAGAGGCUACUAAAAAGUGUUGUGAUAUACGGGUUGGUGAUUGAUAUUGAAAUCUCCCUUAAAUGA